AUGGAUCUGAAAGCCGAUAUCGCAAGACAGGCACUGCUGGCCACACCAGGGGAUGCACAGAAGCAUCAUGCAAGGUCCGAUCAGAGCGCUGCAGUUUUAAAAGCUCAAAACCUCCCUGUCAAUACUGCGCCACGCCAGGAAGAACUAGACCAGCUCUGUGGCGAACUUUCAAUCUAUCUUGAUGUGUCACCUCGAUCAGCCAGAACCUCAGAUCCAACAAAAGCAUACAAACCUGGACAGCCACAGACUACAAGCGAGGGCUCCCGGGAAGGCCAGAGAGUGGCAUCGCCAACGAGUCAACCCUGCACUAUCGCCGAGUAUCUCGAGAAUGAAAAUUCAGCUCAGACUCCGAAGUCAGCAUCCCAGACCGUCCCUGAGCAAUCUCAUUACCUAAAGCAUAGCGACAAGCGGCGUACCGAAUACUUCAUAAAAAGUGAGCAGCAAGACACACCGCAAAAUCCCGCCAAGACAGCACACCAGGAGGCUCCAUCGCUACGAGAUGAUGAACAACCGCACGGCGUUGCUUCACGGACUCUUGUUCACACGGCUCAUGAACAGCACACCAACCAACUGCAUGAGCUCACGCACUUACACAAGUUGUUCAUGGCGCAGCAGCGUGAUGCUCUGCAGCGAAAUCUGGCCGUGUCAGCUGCGCAGCUAGAUGGACUCCAGACGCAGCUUGCGGUCGCGAAACAGGCUCAUGCAGAACUGGAUGAUGAAUUUCUUGCUAUCCAGAAGGACGUCGCCGGGCUUGAUAGAGGAUGUAUUACCGUCAUGGGCCUCGAACAACUUCCAGAUGAGCUCAUGCUGACCAUAUUCGAGCAAUGGCCAUGUCGGGAACAGCAACUCAAGCAAUUGUCGGCCUUAUGCGCCGUGGGUCCUUCCACUUUGGUCAUUCAUGGUCCGCACGCCACAGGCAAGAGUGGCAUCACUAGAGCAUUUCUGGAGAAGUCGAAAUACUGUUAUGCAGUCAUCCAAUGCCGAGAGUGUGUGACGGGUCGGCACUUACUCGAGCGCACAAUAGCUGCCGUUCAAAGCGCUGUACAUGAUAAAAAUUCAACGUACCAAGGACGAUGUGAGAACCUGAGUGCUCUUGCAGCUCAUCUUCAACGACUACUGGCUGGGAGGAAGCGGUUUAUCCUCGUCUUCGAUGGCGUCGACAGACAGCGAGAAGCUCCGCCGACACUUUUGCCAGCUCUCGCACGACUAGGCGAGCUGAUACCAGGCCUGACCACGAUCCUCAUCGUACGACAUCCUGCUCCACGCUUCCUACAUCAGACUGGAGUACCACACAUCAGCUUAUCAUCCUAUACGCGAGCGCAGUCUCUGCGGAUACUGGCUCAAGAACCCUUGGAAAUCUUCCUUGAGCCACCGCCAGACGACCUAGACUACGAUGACGAAACGCACGAAGAAGACAAGAAGUGGCUCUGGCCUCGGUUCUGCGAUGCAGUAUGGGCCUCACUAGCUCAAAAUGCCGCUCGCGACCUGCUGUCUUUCCGCGAAGUAUGUCAUAAGCUCUGGCGCCCGUUCGUCGCACCUAUCAUCAAAGGCGAUUUCGGCACGAGAGACUUCAGCAGGCUGUUAGUUUCGCAGAGGAGAUUGUUCCAGGACGAGAGUGUCUUGCUCGAUACGAUCAUCACGCCGACAAAAAGUGCAUCAACGAAGAAAGGAAGCCCUGAGCUUCCAUACUAUGCUAAAUGGUUGCUCAUCGCUGCUUACUUGGCUUCCUUCAACCCAGCGAAACUGGAUGCGCUCUACUUCAUGAAGUCAACGGAACGCAAACGUAGAAAGAAAGGCGGUGGUACGGCUAAGCCCAGUAAUCGCCCGGGUCAAGUUCGCAAGAUCCCGCGACAUCUACUUGGUGCUUCGACGUUCACGUUGGAUCGCUCACUAUCUAUCUUGCAUGCUAUCCUACCACACGAUCUUCGAAGCACGAUAGACGUCUACACGCAGGUCGCAACACUGACGAGCUUGCGACUGCUUGUUCGGGGCGGAGGCAUAGGAGGUAGUGACCCGUUAGAACCUGGUGGGAAGUGGAGGACUGGUCUGGCGGUUACUUGGGAAUAUGUACAAGCGUUGGCCAGAAGCGUUGACUUUGGCUUGCUGGACUAUAUAGCUGAAUAA